AUGGUUGAAAUUGUAGGUCAUAGAGCAUUUGCAGGGAAGUAUCCUGAGAAUACACUCGAGGCAUUCAACAAAGCUUAUGAAGCGGGCACUCCAAUAUUAGAAACAGAUCUACAAAUGACAAAAGAUGGUAUAGUCAUAGUAAACCAUGAUGGAACCACCGGUAGAAUGUGGAAUCACGAUUACGUCAUUGCUGAGGAAGAUUUCGAAACUUUAUCAACAUUACAACAUAAAAUCUUAUCACAAGAAAAAUUCAUGAAUAUUGAUGAUUUAUUAAAUUGGGCGAUUCUUCAUCCAAAUUGUAAAUUGAUGCUAGAUAUUAAAUUUGACAAUGAUAAAAUAUUAUUACAUAAAGUUCAUUCGGCUAUGUUAAAUUUAAAUAAUGAUAUCACCUAUUGGCAAAAGAGAAUCAUUUGGGGGGUUUGGUCAUUAGAAUGGUAUCAAUAUGGUGUCACGACUGCAAUCUUGAAAAAUUUCAAUGUCAUUGUAAUCACGAUGUCGUUAGAGGUAGCGGAAAAUUUCAUUAAUUAUUCUGCAAAUUUAAAUGAUUCAGAUUAUGCUUUAUUUGGGAUUUCUUUAUUAUACGUUUCAUCAUGGACAAAAAAAUUUAGGGAUCAUUUAGUACCUCUGAUUAAUAAAUAUAAUAUCCAUGUGUUCCUUUGGACGGUCAAUAAACAAAUAGACAUGGAUUAUCUUGUCGGAUUGCCAAUUUAUGGUAUAAUUACAGAUGAUCCCGUCUCUACUACGGCAUACGUUCGUUUAUUACAAGAAAAAAUCACUAAGAAAACACCAUUUAAUAUUCCUCAAAUGGUUACUCGUGAAGGGAUCAGAUUCUAUUCUUUUUGCAUCAUUUAUGAUAUUAUCGAUCAAGUAUUACAUUCAGGUUGGGCUCAUACUCAAUUAUUAUUUGGCUAUUCGGUAUCGAAAAUAACUUAUACAGUAUUGAAAGCAAUCCAUUUCAUGUAA